AUGAGGCUAUGGAAAAGUGCCUCAGGAGUUUUAAAAGAUAGAUAUAGCAUUUUGGUUGCAAAGCUUUCACCUUAUGGACCAUGUAAAAACCCUGAUCUUGAAACCGUUAUUAUAAAAGCAACAAGCCAUGAUGAAGAUUGCAUGGAUUAUAAGAAUGUUCAAAAAGUUUUUCAAUGGCUAAGAAUAUCACCUUUGUACCUUAAACCACUUUUAUGUGUACUUUCAUUGAGAAUGCAAAAGACACAUAGUUGGGUUGUAGCACUUAAAGGUUUAAUGUUAAUUCAUGGUAUUUUUUGUUUUGAAUUACCAAAUGUCCAAAGAAUGGGAAGGCUACCUUUUGAUUUAUCACAUUUUAGCGACGGACAUGUAAGUUCGGAAAAAGGUUGGGUUCUUAAUGCCUUUGUUCGAUCGUAUUUCGCGUAUUUGGAUCAAAGGUCAGCAAAUUUGAGGACGGAAACACAAAAAUUACAAACCAAAAAGGGAAAGGAAAUGGAAGAAAUUCCGUUGAUCGAAGAGUUGAAGAAUUUGGAGGAGUUACAAAGAUUGAUUGAUAUGUUGUUACAAAUUAAACCCAGGAAUGAAUUGAACAUGAAUAUUACUCUUAUUCUAGAAGCAAUGGAUUGUAUCAUGGACGAGAUUUUGGAAGUUUAUGGUAAAUUUAGAAAAGAGGUUAAUCGCGUGUUGGUACGAGUUUGUGACAUGGGUGGAAAAGAAGAAGCAAAUAUUGGUCUUGAUAUUGUACGAAAAACUCAAUUACAAGGUGAAAAAUUAAUUUCGUACUUCGAUUUUUGUAAAGAAAUUGGCGUUCUUAAUCAUUCGGGGUGCCCUAAAAUUGUGAGGUUUAAUGACGAAGAAAUCGAAGAACUUAAAAGAAUAUUGAAAGGUGGAGACGAGAAAGCUAUUGUGGUUAGAGAUGAUUCUAAGAAAUUCGAGAAUGGUUUGAAAACCGUGAUUACGGAUCAAUGGGAGGUAUUUCUUGAUGAUAUUAUUGUUGAGGUUGAACAAAAACAAGCUCCUAAUGCUAUAUUAAGCAUUCUUGAUGCUAAUAAUCCUUUUUUGGAUGAAUCUUAUAGCAUUAUACCUUAUAAUCCUGUUCAAAAUUAUGAUUUUCCAGAUCUAAUUAGUUUGUAG